CAAAAAAUAGAGGUUCUUCUAUAUAUUUGUUUCUUAGAUUACUAAUCUUGUUUCGUUCAUACCUACUAUCAAGGGCUUUCGUUUUUCUUCUUCAACUUUCAGGUUAUACAUUGGAUUCAGGAAAUGGCUUCUCCAGAAGGCAAUGAUAAGCUGGAUUCUCUGCCACCUCCUCCACCCGUGGUCCCGCCCAAUGUUAUCCCCAUCAUAGCAGAACCAGCAAAGGUCUCUGAACCAUUAAAGAAAACAUCAACUCCCAAACGCUUGCCCAUGGCCAGGCGUGAUUACGGAAAUAAAGGGCAGAGGCUGUCACUUCUAACUAACCAUUUCAAAGUUGACGUGCCCAAGAUUGCUGGUUGCUUCUACCAUUACAGUGUUGCUCUGUCUUAUGAAGAUGGACAUCCGGUUGAUGCAAAAGGUAUUGGAAGAAAAGUUAUAGACAAAGCUAAGGAGGUCUACGAUAAUGAAUUUCGAGGUAAAGAAUUUGCUUAUGAUGGAGAGAAUAGCUUGUUUACCUUCGGUCCUCUUGCACAAAAUAAACUUGAACUCCUUGUGGUGUUGGACACUCCCUCUUCAAACAGGGCCAGCAGAAGAGGUAGCCCUGGAGAUGAUGAAAGUGAUAGGAAGAGAUCUAGGCGCCCAUUUCAGUCCAAGACUUAUAAGGUGCAGAUAAGUUACGCCGCAAAAAUACCAAUGCAAGCAAUUCUGGAUGCAUUGCAUGGUCAGGAAUCAGAUAGAUUUCAAGAAGCUGUGAGAGUUCUUGACAUCAUACUAAGACAGAAUGCAGCUAAGCAGGGUUGCCUCCUAGUCCGACAGUCAUUCUUCCACGGCAAUGAAAGAAGCUUCAUAAAUUUGGAUGGUGGUGUCCUUGGAUGCCGAGGUUUCCAUUCGAGUUUCAGAGCCACAGAAGGAGGUCUAUCACUGAAUAUGGACGUAUCCACUACAAUGAUUGUACAGCCUGGGCCUGUAAUGGAUUUCCUCACCAGCAACCAAAAAUCUGAUCGUGAUCGAAUUGAUUGGAUAAAGGCUAAGAAGACGCUGAAAAAUUUGAGGAUUAGAGUUAAUAACAAUGAGUACAAAAUCACUGGAUUGAGUGAUCAAAUUUGCAAAGAUCAGAAGUUUUCAUUAAAGCAAAGAAAGGCAAAUGGUGAAACCGAAGUUGUUGAAACAACUGUGUAUGACUAUUUUGUUAAUCAUAAGCAAAUAUACUUACCCAAUUCAGCAUAUUAUCCAUGCAUCAAUGUUGGGAAACCAAAGCAACCAACCUACUUUCCUAUUGAGCUUUGCACCUUGGUUCCACUGCAACGCUAUACCAAGGCAUUGUCUGGUCAGCAAAGAGCUUCACUAGUGGAGAAAUCACGGCAAAAACCAAAAGAAAGGAUGGAUUCUUUGAGAGAUGCAUUUAUAACUAGUAGGUAUAAUGACGACCAAAUGCUUCAUUCUUCUAGAAUUUCAAUAAGUAGUGAAUUUACCCAGGUUGAAGGUCGUGUAUUGCCAGCCCCAAGGCUAACAACCGGUAACGGAGAGGAGUUCUUGCCUCGAAAUGGGAGGUGGAAUUUCAACAAUAAGAAAUUUGUAAAUCCAGUGAAGAUUGAGAAUUGGGCUGUGGUGAACUUCUCGGCACGCUGUGAUAUACUAAGGCUGGUAAGAGACCUUAGGAAGAUUGGUGAAGCGAAAGGGCUUUCCAUUAGUCAACCAAGGGGAGAAUUUCAUGAGAGUCCUCAAGAUAGAAAUGCAUCUGCACCAGUUAGAGUGGGUAGAAUGAUAGAGAUGAUCGGGUCCAAAUUAAAGCAAAAACCAGAAUUCUUUUUGUGUGUUCUUCCAGAGAGGAAGAAUUCCGAGAUUUAUGGUCCAUGGAAAAGGAGAAAUCUUGUUCUUUGUGGAAUUGUUACACAAUGCAUUGCACCUACAAGACUGAACGAUCAGUACAUAACAAAUGUGCUACUUAAAAUUAAUGCCAAGCUUGGAGGACUAAAUUCACUGCUAACAAUUGAGCGUUCUAAUUCCUUACCUUUGAUUUCUGAAAUUCCCACCCUAAUCCUGGGAAUGGAUGUGUCACAUGGUUCUCCUGGCCGGUCCGAUAUGCCAUCUGUUGCUGCAGUUGUUGGUUCCAGAGACUGGCCACAGAUUUCUCGCUAUAGAGCUUCUGUCUGUACCCAAUCACCAAAGGUUGAAAUGAUUGAUUCUCUCUUCAAGCCUGUGCAUAAAACAAAUGAAAAUGGAAUUACAAGGGUGGUGGAUGAGGGAAUUUUCAGGGAGCUGUUGAUGGACUUCUACGAAAGUUCAAAUAGGAAGCCUCAGCAGAUAAUUAUUUUCAGGGAUGGAGUGAGUGAAUCACAGUUUAAUCAAGUGUUGAACAUUGAAUUGGAUCAGAUCAUUGAGGCCUGCAAGCUCCAAGAGGAAUCGUGGCAUCCAAAGUUCACAGUAAUUGUUGCACAAAAGAAUCAUCAUACAAGGUUCUUCCAGACUAGAGGAGCUACUGAAAAUGUUCCACCUGGAACUGUCAUUGACAGCAAAGUUUGUCACCCAAGGAACAAUGAUUUUUACUUGUGUGCUCAUGCUGGGAUGAUUGGGACAAGUCGACCUACACAUUACCAUCUUCUAUAUGAUGAGAUUGGUUUUUCAGCGAAUGAUCUGCAGGAGCUAGUUCAUUCAUUAUCUUAUGUGUACCAAAGGAGCACUUCAGCCAUAUCAAUAGUUGCUCCAAUCAUGUACGCCCACUUGGCGGCCUCCCAGGUGACACAGUUUAUUAAGUUUGACGACAUAUCAGACCGUUCCUCUUCGGGUGGUGGUGUCACAUCUUCUGGUGCUGUCCCAGUGCCAGAAUUGCCCAAAUUGAAUGAUGCAGUUAAAUCAUCCAUGUUCUUUUGUUAAGGAUUUGAUUUAAGCUGUCAAUUUUGUAAUAGCUACUGAGUCACUAGAUAUAAUUUUAGGUAUUAAGCUAGCUUAGGGAAGGAUUUCACAGAAGUUUUGAAUUAGCAUUUUUUUUUUUUUUUUUAAUUUGAAAACAAUUAAACACAAUUCUUUGUUUUCAAUCUUAUAAACAGUUCAGUAGAAUUUGUAAUAGUACUGCUCCAACCAAAUAGGAUCUGAUAGUUACUUUUA